AUGAAUAUAUGGUGUAGCGUCAUAUCAUUGUUAUAUGCCAUUGGCGAAAAAGGAAAUCACAGAAUUAUCUUCCUUGUUUAUUAUGCUAUUGGAAUUUUGAUCCUGAUUCUUUCCUUCUACUUCAAAUCAAUAAAUACGUGGGCUCUACAUGGGAAAAACUUAUACAUGAGAGCUCAAAAGGAUGAAACAAAAACAAAAUCUGCAUUUUCUAAAUUCAAAAAAAAGAUAGACGAUACAAUAAUUUCGAAAAAAUAUUUUAAACAUUUUUAUGUGGUCGGUUUGGUUGUCAAUUCCUUACUCUUAGUUCACGACCUUAGUCAAUGUUCUAAGAUCGAAAAGAACGCCCUUGAUUGCACCUCUGUGACGAACGUCUUACUUCAAAUCCAAUUGGUCAGAAGGCUAUUUGAACAGCUAUUUAUCGUUAGGACAACACCAAAAUCUGCCAUGCAUAUUUUUUCGUACAUCUUAGGAGUAACCUUCUACGUUGUGGCACCAUUUUCCAUCUACAAUAAUGACAGAAAGAAAUAUACAUUGGUAGAAUUAUAUCCUGUUACUCUAUUCCUGUUGGGAACUUUAAUUCAGCACGACACUCAUCUUCGCUUGGCUAAACUUCGUCCCAAAGAAGAAAAAAAAAUAUAUUCCCCAUACAAAGUCCCAAAUGGUGGUUUCUUUUAUUUAGUUAGUUGCCCACAUUAUUUCGCAGAAAUUUUAAUAUACCUUUCUUUUUUAUUGUUAAACCCGAAUUUAAUAAACCUACUGAAUUAUACCUUCGUUUUAUUGAUGUUAAUUAAAAAUGGCAUACAAACACAUAAUUGGUAUCUUGAAACAGCCCGAAAGGAAUAUCCAAAACAAAGGAGGGUGAUUUUCCCAUAUAUCUUAUGA